AUGUUUAAGCUUAUGAUUAAAAAGUGUAUCUUGCCAUUAGCGAAAAAGCAAGAUGUUUAUAAGCAUAGCACGUCUGUUGAAAACGAGAAAAUGAAAGCCAUGGAACUGCCAUACGACGUGAAGAAAGGGCAGAUUGCGGUAAUCCCAACUGAAGGAAAUGAAGCCAAUAGGUUCGUAGUUGAACUGGAUUGUCUCAGUAAUAAUCCUGCCUUCUUGAAACUGUUGGAGAAAGCUGAGCAAGAAUUUGGAUUUGGGCAAGGUGGAGUUCUUAGUUUACAUUGUAAGCCAGAUGAGCUCAAGAGAGCUUUAGGUAGUAGUACUAGUAGUAGAAAAAAUAAAAAUUGUUUCUGA